UCGGCUUGGUUGGCAAGAUCCAGAAGCGAAUGACAGGCCAGUCAGCUAUUGUUUCCGCUGGGUGGUUAAUCGAGAGCUUCGCUUGAACCACCUGACAAUGAAUUCCCAGAGCUUGCGUGGACGCGUCAACGCAGAAUGUACCCCUGUUCCUCCCUCCAACAAUUCCUCCCGCCUGUCAACCGAGAAGAUAUCGCCUGUGGUUGAGAACGAGGCUUCGCAAGUACCCAGUGACAGCUCCGUACCUAAGCCCAAACAUGAGGUCGAGUCUCAAACGUCCCACCCAGCCCAAACAGACUUGAUCGACCCAGCCGACCCCUAUUCACUUCGAGCCUUGAAGCAGGAUAGUCCUGCUGACAACAAACGCACCAGCCUGAUCAAGCAAAGACAGCAACGGAAAGUCAAGAAGUACUACAACCGACAAAACGCACUCAUCGAUGCCUACCUAUCCAGUGCUGAUGAAGAGGCCAAUGAGGUCCAGGACAUGCUCAAGAAUGGAGGCAAAGUCCGCUUUGCCGUCAACGCCAGCUUUGUGUGCAACUUCUGCCUGUUCGUCAUCCAGCUCUAUGCUGCUAUCUCGACAGGCUCAUUGUCGCUCUUCGCCACGGCUGCAGACGCAUUUAUGGAUCUUGUUGUUUCGAUCGUGAUGCUGAUUACCUCCCGCAUGGCCUCACGUCCCAGUAUCGCCAAAUAUCCCGUCGGACGCAAACGACUCGAGACCGUCGGGAUCAUUCUGUUCUGCGCUCUGAUGACCACUGUUGCCGUGCAGCUGAUCCUCGAGUCUGCACGAGGACUUGGUGACGGAGAGCCUGAUGACUCGAAAGCGUUGAAAAUCAUCCCCAUUAUCUUUGUUGGCGUGGCGAUCUUCUCCAAAGGCGCUCUCUUUGUCUACUGCUUCAUCCUCCGCCGGUACCCUGCAGCACGGAUCUUCAUGAUCGAUCACCGCAACGACAUCGCGGUCAAUCUCUUUGGCUUGAUCAUGUCUAUUGUCGGGACUCGAUUCACGCAAGUCUGGUUCCUCGAUCCCACGGGAGCAAUCUGCAUCGCCGUGCUGAUUCUCUACUCCUGGGCAUCCACGGCCUUCGAACACGUGUGGUACCUGGUCGGCAAAUCAGCACCACAGGACUUCCUGAACAAAGUUGUCUACGUGUCCAUUACACAUGACGAGAGAAUCAGCAAGAUCGACACGGUCAGGGCGUACCAUGCUGGUGACAAGUUUUACGUCGAAGUCGACAUCAUCAUGGACGAAGAACAGAGCCUCAAGGUCACGCAUGACGUGAGCCAGACCUUGCAGCGAAAGCUGGAAGGGUUGGCCGAUGUGGAGAGGGCAUUCGUGCAUGUUGACUACGAGGCGAUGCAUGAUGUGCAUGAAGAGCACAAGGCAUUAUACGAGAAAAGGCCUCCGAAGAAGCCAUUGGCUGAAAGAAUUCAGGGUCGACUGAGUGGCGUUGGAGUUGGCACGGACGGACCAUCAGCACCAAGCGAGGCCAAAAGAGGCAUUUUCGCAAAGAUAUUCAGGAGUUAGCAGAGCAUAGCUGUACAGAUGUAACAAUAUCACG